AUGCGAGCAGGUCUCCUAUUGGCCAUCCUGCCCUCGGCAGUGAUGGGCUUCAACCUCUUCCGCCCAGCCACAUUGGCACCAACAAAGACCUUGGACCGCAGGGAUAGCUGGGGCGGCGCGGUAUCCUUGGGACCGACAAAGUCACGUAUCACCAAGGCUGUGACCACAAUUAUACCAGGCGACGCUCCCCCCAGCCAGUCCGGAGACCUUUUCCUGUGGCCAGGCAUGUCAAACGGAACUGGAGACCUUGUUCAGACAACACUGGAGUCAUGGCCUGACAACAGCUGGUGCGGUGCCAGCUCUGGCGAGUGGUGCAUCCGAUGCUCGCUCUUUGGCUCCUUCGGUCAGCUGGACGGAGAUGCCUCCCCAGUGUCAGGGGAUAUGGCCGUCGAGAUCUUGUACGAAUUGCAGAGCGAUGGAACCACAUGGAAGCAGACAGCGACGGAUGUAAGCACUGGUAAACAGCUGAGCAGCUUCUCUCAUGCCAGCGGCCCGUACAUGACUGGUUAUGGAACUGGCACGGAGUGUAACGAUGGAUGCACUGGUACCGUCGCCGCUCAAACCUAUACCGACACUGUCAUUACUCUGCACGAGGCAGACUCAAGCUUCGGCGAUACCAUUGCAACAAGCCAAGGCGCUACCUACUCUGGUCUGUCAUCCGCUGACAAUAAAAUCUGGACCAUUAAGACAAUCAACAUCCCAGCCAUGAAAUAA